AUGACCUACGUGCCCGCUCAGACAGGCCCCGUCACCAGCUCCAGUCCGUCGUCGCAGCGUGUCAACAUGGCUAUGGUGCUUCGACCACUCGUUCAUGUCGCCAACCUGCCGGCGACAACGACGGAGCGCGACCUACGCGAGAUGUUUGGCUCGCUAGGCACGAUUCAGUCUGCCAAAGUGGUUACCAGCCGGGCUGCGGGGGGUCUGGCGUAUGGGUUCGUAGAGUACGUAGAUCUGGCUUCCGCCGAGCGCGCGAUUCGGACCAUGGAUGGCUGGCUGUGGUUCGGCACGCCCAUCAAGGUGUGUUGGGCCAGGCACAGUAUGCAUCCGGACGCCGUGGCCGAAUCGAUGGAUGCAGAGCGAGCUGUUGCCAUGCGUAGCAGCGCUGGCAAUGCGCAUCUGUUUGUGGGGGAUCUCGCUCCUGAAGUGGAUGAUGGCGUCCUUCGGGCGUUUUUUUCGAGAUUCGCUUCAUUGGUUGAUGUGAGGGUCAUGUACGAUCCGGAGACGGGCAAGUCUAGGGGCUUUGGCUUUAUCAGCUUUCGAAGCAAGGGCGACGCGGAGGAGUGUAUUGCGCUGACACAGGGCCAGUGGUUGGGCGGUCGUCAGAUCCGCAUCAAUUGGGCCAGCCAAAAGAACCAGAACCAAUCGGCCGCGAGUGCAUCGCCAGCGGCUACAGGGUUGGUGUCCUCCUCAUCGUCAUCCCAUCCAGACCUUCCAGCCCUCGCCCAGCGACAAGCCAGUAACCUGUCAAUCACAUCAUCUGCGCCAUCGGGCUACGCUACACCCUCCACCCCGCCCUCGUACGACCCAGCCUCCACCAUGCCGCUCCUCCCACGCCGUCACACGACCCUCGCAUCCCAACCGCGCCUCCCAUCGUCCCUCCCCACCACUCUCAACCAACCUGCCAACACGGCCAAAUACAACUACGACGCAGUGCUCGCCGAAGCACCCGCCUCGCAGACCAGCGUGUACGUCGGCAACAUUUCGCCGCUGACGACGCAGCAAGACCUCAUUCGCAUCUUUGCGCCCUUCAACCACGGGCAGCCUCUCGAGGCUCGCAUCCCGCCCCCGCCCGGGCGAGGGUACGGAUUCGUCACGCUGGCGAGCCACGAGCAGGCGGCGAGCGCCAUCUGCUCGCUAAGCAUCCAGGGUGUGUUUCUGCAUAGUCGGUGGUUGCGGUUUGGAUGGCAGAAGGAGAGGGGUCCUUUGCAACCCACGCUGCAGCAUCGCGCGGAAAGCGCGCCGGAGGCGAUGCUGUAUACGCUACAUCGGCAGGCCCCACCGCAGACGGGACAGCAGCAGCAGCAGCAGCAGCAGCAACAACCACGAUCCGCACCGCCAAUACCGCAAGCGUCCCGACAGCAAGCUUCCCAACCACCACGCUCCUCGUCCUCAUCAUCGAACGAGUUUCAACCGUUCUAG